GUCUGAUGUGUCAAAGUCGCCUCGUCAGUUCACCGCGUGUCUCAAUUUGCAUUGUAAACAAAAAGCGACUCGCUCAACAUUCCAAUAAAGUAUUCUUUGCACUUGGUAACAGCAUUGAUCAGUGAAAUGGUUGCAAACACAUCGGAAAAGUAUGCGAACUUGGCAGUCAAGCUGUUCGACAUAAAUGCCUUUAAAUUCGGCGAUUUUAAGAUGAAAGUGGGAAUCAAUUCACCGGUCUAUUUUGACCUGCGUGUAAUUAUCAGCCAUCCCGAUGUUAUGGACACCGUUUCGGAGUUGUUGGUCGAAUUUUUGAAUGACAAGAAGACGUCAUGCGAUCAUAUUUGCGGAGUUCCAUACACCGCACUACCAAUAGCCAGUAUCGUUUCGGUACGUGACUCAAAACCAAUGUUAAUUCGACGAAAGGAAGCUAAAGAUUAUGGAACGAAGAAGUUGAUUGAAGGCAAAUAUCAAUCCGGUGACACAUGUCUCAUCAUAGAGGACGUUGUCACAUCGGGAUCGAGCAUUUUGGAAACUGUGAAAGAUUUGAGACGAGAAGGCAUUGUCGUUACUGACGCUAUUGUUAUGGUGGAUCGUGAACAGGGCGGUGCUAAGAACAUCGAAGAAAAUGGCAUCCGCAUGCAUUCGCUGUUUACUCUGUCACAGUUGCUGAAUAUUUUGCAAGCAGCUGGUAAAAUUGAAGAGACUACAGUCAAGGCAGUCGCCAAAUACAUUUCCACCUGCCAGAUUAAAUCCGACGGAUCGAUGGUCGAACCGAUGACGAAGGCGGUAAAUGAAUUAAAUCGGACGAGAAUGAAUUUCCAAACCAGAGCCGAUCAUGCCAAGUGCCAGGUGGCAAAAAAUCUAUUCCGAUUGAUGGCAACAAAGGAAACUAAUCUUUGCGUCGCUGUUGAUUUGACGAAGGCCAGUUUGAUUUUGGACCUAGUUGAGCAGAUCGGCCCAUACAUCUGCGUCCUCAAAACUCAUGUCGAUGUCAUUGAAGACUUCAACGAGAAUUUCGUGCAAUCUCUCGCUGCACUGGCGACAAAACACAAUUUCUUGAUAUUGGAAGAUCGGAAAUUCGCCGACAUCGGCCAUACCGUUUCGAUGCAAUACUCGAAAGGUGUGUACAAGAUAUCGCAAUGGGCUGAUUUGGUAACAUGCCAUUCACUACCCGGUCAAGGUGUUAUCGACGGGCUAAAGAAUGGCAUUGGUGACUAUUCCAACAGAGGCGUUUUUCUAUUGGCCGAGAUGAGCUCAAAGGGUAAUUUAACCAGUGAAAAGUAUGCCAAGGAUACCAUGGAACUUGCAUCGGACGUCAGGAAUAGCGACUUCAUUGCUGGUAUUGUGUGCCAAACUCUCGGUGUGGUCACCAAUCCGGGAUUGAUACAAUUGACGCCUGGAGUGCAAAUCAGUAACACCAACGACGAACUGUCGCAGCAGUACAAUUCACCGGAGAAAGUAAUCCAAGAGAAAGGCGCUGACAUAGCUGUUGUUGGACGAGGUAUUACGAAUUCGGCAAAUGCUGCCGUCGCGGCUAAAGAAUACCGGGAUCAAUUGUGGACGGCUUAUUGUGAUCGAAUCAAAACCAACGACCAGUAGAUGAUGGGUAUGUUGGUGAAAUUAGUUAAGUGACGAGCGUAGCAUCCCCCCACAUUGUUAUAUCAUUCCAAUAUUAUAAAUAAACGAAAGUUUUAAGGAGAACA